AUGUCUGACGCUAUUACUAUUCGUACCAGAAAGGUCAUUACCAACCCAUUGUUGGCUAGAAAGCAAUUCGUCAUUGACGUUUUACAUCCAAACAGAGCUAAUGUCUCCAAGGAUGAAUUAAGAGAAAGAUUGGCUGAAGUUUACAAGGCUGAAAAGGAUGCUGUUUCUGUCUUUGGUUUCAAGACUCAAUUCGGUGGUUCCAGAUCCACUGGUUUUGGUUUAGUUUACAACUCUGUCGCUGAUGCCAAGAAAUUCGAACCAGCUUACAGAUUAGUUAGAUACGGUUUAGCUGAAAAAGUUGAAAAGGCUUCUAGACAACAAAGAAAACAAAAGAAGAACAGAGAUAAGAAAGUCUUCGGUACCGGUAAGAGAUUGGCUAAGAAGGUUGCUCGUCGUAACGCUGAUUAA